AUGUCUUCUCUUCCUCCCAGACAAUCUCAACCCGACCCCCACAACCUCUCUCACACUGGUAACCUCCAACAAGCCACCAAGAACGUCAACCGAUUCGCCAAGCGAGACCCGGCCUUGUACCCUUUGAGUAUCAUCGUCACUGGUAUUCUCGGUGUAGCAGGAUAUUUCUUUAUGACCAAAGCCUCUGAACCUGAACCAACUCGAAAGCUCAUGUCGACAGGUAUGGUCAACCCAUGGGAUUCUCAAGCCAAGCAAGAUCUCGGACCAUCUCAAACUGCCCAAUUCAAGUACCGAUACAAGACCCGAGAUGGUCACUACGAAGAUGCUCAUCCCACUCUGAACCAAACUGUUGAGCAGCUCCACCAAGAUGCCGCGCACAAAUACCGAACUGCCUAA